GAUUCGCGACAUGGGAGAUGAGACGCAGCCUUUAGAGUAUGACGACUCCACCGAUGACGAGACGACUAAUCAAAGAAAACGUCCGGUUGCGUAUGUGAAGGUUUUGAAGCAGAAGGGCGUGGCUGAGAAGACUUGUCUUGUAUUUGAAGGAGAGAAUGUCGUCGGUCGGGAUGUCUCUUGCAAUGUGCAUAUCCCAGUCAAGGCACUCUCUAAGCAACACGCAUGCAUUGAAACAUCUCACGACGUCCAUUUUAUCAAAGAUCUCAACAGCAAAAACAAAACUCAUAGAGGAGAUAUGCCUCUCAGACCUCAAGUGUGUUAUGAGCUUACGAGUGGCAGUUGCCUUACAUUUGCAGGCAUUAAAUGUGAAUAUCACAUUGGAGAUGCACCGGAGAUGAACAACAGUGGAGAUGAGACAACAUCAGAAAUUGCAGAUGAUGUCACUGAUAAAGUCGAGCCACAUUCUACAUCAACUACUGGAGACUUACCAUCUACUGUUUCCACUCACAAUAUGCUUACCUCUCAAUCAUUAAUUUCAAACACGAGCCAACAAGCCAAUGAAACCUUACCAUUCUCAAACACCGGAGAGGCUCCAGACAAAUCCAAAGUAUUGGCAUCUGACACGCCACCGGAAGGCAAAAAUCAUGAGCAAAAUAAUGAAAGCUGUGAGAUGGAGAGGACAGUGAUAUCUGCGUCUGAUGACGAUGUGGCUACUUAUGGUAGUCCUAGUGUGAUUUGUGAGGGAAAUGAGGAGAUAGGGGGAUCUGGUCAGACUAUAGAACCGACAUUGUUGCUAACCGAGUCGUGUUCUGAUGGAGUGGAUGUGGAUACGAUAAGCGAACGAGCAGAAAGUAACAAUAAUGAUGCUGAGAACUCAGAUACGAAAGCAACAGAAAGAGAAGAAGAAGAAGAAGAAGAGUACAUGUUUGACAGUCCAACACUGUCACCUCACAUCAACAAAGACACGAGCAAUGAAACAACAUUAAUCAGCAAACGCAUUGACGACGAGUCCAAGACCAAGGACAACUUACUUGAUAACAAACACGAACCUACAAAUGAAGAAAUCAAUGAUUACGAUGUUGAAGACGUUAUCGGUGGUGAUAUGGAACAAACCCAAGCCUACUUCAUCAUGGAAACGUUUCCAAACAGUGGCACAGCGACAACCGCGACUGGAUCACCAUCACCAAACGUCGAACAAACAUUACCUUACAAUCUAGUAGGAAGUGACGACGAACAAACAAAAGACACCGACGAGUGUGAGCCGACCUUAGCGUAUGAUUUACAACCCGAAAGCGAAGCAAACAGUGAAGAAGCCUGUGAACCAACUCUUGCAUAUAAUCUUGAAGAAGAUGCCAAUGGCGACGAUUUGGGUGUCAAUGAAAGUGGAGUGGAAAUGGAAGGGAAUAGGAAGGAAGACGAAACGAAGAGUGUGUGUUCUGAUGAGGCUGUUGGUGGGAAGUUUUUGUUGACACGUGAGGCCAGCGAUAGUAGAGAGAGUGGAGUAGCAAGUGUCGAUAACAAGUCGAAGCAUUCUGAGGAAUCUGUGAGGUCACAGGGUAUGAGCACUCGCACAAGACGGAAGUCCAAGGCUCCCAAACGAGUAGCAUUCAUGUGCGACACAUCAGAGCAACCAGGUGAUGAUGACUCGAAUCAUACAUCUACUGCUUCUAUUGAGUCACGUGACUUGGGUGACUCUCAAACUACUAAGUCAGGACGUCCAUUAUUAUCGCUUAGAAAAGUGCAGCUUGGCUCGUUUGGGUUCUCUCACUCUGAACCAGCAGCUGCUGUUGGUGUGGCGAUGGAUGAUUUUGAGAUGUCAUGUGACUCGCCUGUGAAUGUGUGUAGUAGGACGAAGAAGGCUCGAGUGUUGGAUAGUGACGACUCGUUUAGUUGGACAAACGAGAAGAAGAAGGAAGAGAAGGCGGAUGGAGAGGUUGAUGACGCCGAGGGAUCGUCGCAAUCGCUGACAGGCACAGGACAGAACAGCAUUAGGAAAGCAGGGAAAAGAGCAACAAGAGGCGGAGGACGAGGACAUAGAAAGAACCUUAAACAAUCAAUUGGUGAAUCAAAUGAUGCUACAGCGGCAGCAACUGUUGCAUUAGGAGAUGUUGGAACUGAAAGUUUGUCUUCGGCGGCAGCGGUUUGUGCAGUUGCUUCUCUCUCUGCUGACAAAACAUUUGAAGCUGCUUCCAAUAGAACUCAGCAUCACUCCCAACAACAAUCAACUAUUACGUCAUCACCCAAGACCGAAUCAGAGGCAGAAUCAUUGUCGUCGACUCCUAUCGUGGCAGCUGAUACUGAUAGUCAAACGUCUGUGGCUGUUGGCAAGAUGAGGAGAAAACGGGGAUUGUCCGAUGUGACAGGGAAUAGUGAGGCAUUGACUGCACCUCCACCAUUGAAAAGGAGGAGAUCAUCACUAAGACAAUCAGUAGCAGGAAGUGCUGAUGUUAUUGAGUCUGGACCACCUAAAGUGCUGUUUACUGGCAUGAGAUACAAACAAGGAGAAAAGAUAGUUGGUGACCUUGGCGGCAUUGUCGUCAGCAGUGUCCACGACUGUACUCACCUCAUCGCUGACAAGGUUCUAAAGACGGUGAAAUUCUUGUGUGUUUUGGCUCGUGGCAAGCUAAUUGUUGCUACGCAAUGGUUGGAUGCUUGCAAAAGAGCGAAGACAUUUGUUGAUGCAUCUUCAUACAUCAUACACGACACUGCUAGUGAAAAGGAGCACAAAUUCAAACUAAAAACAUCGAUUGCUAAUGCGGCAAAGAAGCCACUUUUUAAAGACUACAAGAUCUACGUAACGAAGAGCGUCAAACCACCGUACGAUGCCAUGAGAGAUAUUGUCUGCUGUGCUGGUGGUGAAAUGCUAGCCAAACUGCCAGAAGCAUACGAAGAGCAGACGGUGAUCAUAUCGUGUGCAGAAGACCUACAUUUGUGUCGGCGAUCGAUUGAGAAGGGCAUUCCUGUCCAUUCGAAAGACUUUGUAGUGGAAGGAGUUUUGAAGCAGGAGAUUCUAACGAGCACAAAAUUAAUUGUUGAUUGUAAUACUUGGUAGGGUGUCACCAUGUAUGGGGGAUGGUUGAUAGUGAGGAACAGAGGGGAUGGAAAUGUUGAUAAUGAUUUGUAAUCUAAUUAGUAUAAUGAUCUGUAAAUUGAAGGGCAGUGAUCCUCAUUUGUGCUUACU